CUCUCUCGGUGUACAUCCUAUCUCAAACCCUUCCAACACAACCGUCAGAGCCUACAACCAUAACACCUCCCAAAGACAAAGGCCAAGAUGUGUCCGAAGUCGACAAAGAAGCAAUCAUCUUCACCCUCCAUGGCAUUGCCAAACGCACCACUCGUCUACAUCAACGAUCCAAAUGAGGACCGGCGAUAUGCACACUACUUGCGAGACCUCAUUCCUAACUGCACCUUCAUCAAACUGCCUGGCAGGGAUCUGUUGAACAACUCGCUCGGCACGGAACUGGACAAGCUCAGUGUUAAAGUCGCCGAAGGCCUUGUUGGCGAUGGCAUUGUUCUCCUAUGUGAAUGCUGCCCAGACUCCAAGCCUGCCCAGAAGAUCAAAACAUCCAAACUUUUCCGAGCAGAGGCGAUCAGAGGCGGCCGCAACUUUGUAACUGUGAAUCUUUGUCUUUCAGAGAGCGUGGCUCCCGCAGGCAAUUCAGGAUGGGGCACCAACCAUCUCGAAAUGAUUCUUGGACCAAAGUCAACCGAGGACGUGGCUGUCGAGGUGUAUCAUUGGCUGUUCACAGCAUUCACAGUUCAAGAAACACUCCACCUCAUUCCAGAGUCUGAGAUGCUUGCCGUGGACAAGGCCUUCCCGGACUACGAGUAUAGCACGAUCGCCGAUAACAAAGCCAAGUCGAAGAACGCCAAAAUUCAAUUCGUUGCGCUUAUCACCAGUCGUCCAGUGGUCAAGGGUCAAACACUCUCAUGGAGUGUGGCCGACAGGACUGGCACUGCCAACUUCUACUUCCAAUACCGCGGCGAAGCCUCAAAGUAUACCUGGGAAUGGUGCCAGGCACUCAAGGUUGGCGAUCGUCGAGCCCUUCCACGCAUGCCCAUGGUCGAAAUCAAAGAACGUAAGCGCGUGCGCGUUGCUAAGGCUCCAAUCCGGACUGUGGCUGCUGCUAUUUCGGGUGUCGGACACGUCGUACGUGCCGUGGGCCAUGGCGUUGUGAAGCUCGGCGAGUUGGGAAAGUUGGGAAAGAGCUCUGAGUGGAUCCCUGAGCCCGACGUCGUGGAUGGCAAGAAGGUCGACUGGGCGGACAUUCUUAAACAGCAAAGUGCAGACAAGGUUCUGCGAGCUGAGAAGGCGAAGAAACAAGUCCAGGCUAAGGUGUUCAACGAGAAAGGAGAGAAGGUCUGGGCGGAUGAUGAUAGCGUGGCGAGCACUACUGCUGGGGGAGAGGAAUGGGUUGAGGAGAAAGCCAAAGACUUCGUGUGAGUGUAUUUCUACCGUCGACAUUGCACCAAAUAAGUGUUAUGUGCACACUGAGUGGUGCUGCUGCUGUCGGGUGCUGGCGCCGGGACGUUGUGAACACCACGGAAGGGAAACCUAACGAGUCUGUAAA